CGAUGUUGCAAUCGUAGUAUUUGGUAGUUACGCUACAGUAACCAGAAUAGGCUUAUAAGCGGCCAGAAUGGACUUCAAAAGACCUUUGGCUGGAGUAACCUCAAUGUCGAUGGUUCCUUUGCCUAGCAAGAAACCUCGAAAAGAUGGUUCAAGUUUGGGAAUCACCCCAUUUGGCAAUGGGAUGUACAAGUUAAAUUCCCAGAUCAUACCAGCAGGACAGGCGGGAAGUAUUCCCCGUACAUCAAAUUUACUGUCACCUAAUAUGCUUUUAAAUGGCCAUGAAAGUGAAGUGUAUUGUGGCAAAUUUUCUUCUGAUGGAUCAUUUCUCGCAAGUGCUGGAUUUGAUCGCCGGAUACUAUUAUGGGAGACGUAUGGUGAAUGCGAAAAUAUUGCAACGAUGAUGGGUCAUGGGGGUGCUAUUUUGGAUUUAGUGCUUUCUUCAGAUGAUUCGGUCAUCUAUACUGCUAGUUCAGAUAAAUCUAUCGCCCUAUGGGAUACUGAAAGUGCCCAACGCAUUAAAAAGUUCAGAGGUCAUGAGAAUAUUGUUAAUUCAUGUGCAGUUGCCAGACGUGGUCCUCAACAUGUGUGUUCCGGUUCGGAUGAUGGGACAAUUCGUCUGUGGGAUCGGCGACAAAAAGCCUGUGUACAAACAUUUCAAAACACAUAUCAGGUUCUUUCAGUUACUUUUAGUGAUACUGCUGAAAUGAUAUUUUCCGGGGGCAUAGACAAUGUUGUUAAAGGUUGGGAUUUACGAAAAUUGGAAGCUAGCAUGCUACUUAAUGGACAUACGGACACAGUUACUGGUUUGUCAGUAAGUCCAGAUGGGUCGUUUUUACUUUCUAACUCUAUGGACAACACAUUACGUAUGUGGGAUAUUCGUCCAUUUGCUCCAACAGAUCGGUGCACAAAGAUUUUUACGGGUCAUCAGCAUACAUUCGAGAAGAAUCUCCUUCGAUGUGCAUGGUCAGCUGAUAAUCGUCGUAUAACUAGCGGCAGUGGUGACCGUUAUGUUCAUGUUUGGGAUGUAAACACACGCCAGUUAGUCUAUAAACUUCCUGGUCACACAGCAUCGGUAAACGAGACUGCAUUUCAUCCUACAGAACCAAUACUUUUAUCUGUUGGUAGUGAUAAGAAAAUCUUUCUGGGUGAAAUUUUGCCUUGUAUGUACUAAAAUUGUACAUUUUUUGAUAAAACUCAUUUUUCUGUAUAAAACGAAGUAAAUAUAUGUAAUAUACUCCUUGUUGUGUUAUUGUAUAAAUCAAUAUGAAUAUGACAGUCUUGUAUAAUUCUAUCCAAAAUUUAUCAGAAAUAAAAGAUAUUCCGAUUGUUUGUUGUUACAA